GAAGAUAUUAAUUGGCUAAGUAUAGUUCGAGCUGCAGCUAACAAAGGCCGAGCUAAACUAAGUAAAUACUACUCGAAGACUGAUAAGGAACGGGGAUACCUUUUCAACUGCGCGAGUAUCCUAGACCCUACGCAAAAGCUGACUGCAUAUAAGGACCGUAACGACAAGCACAUAUACCGAGAACAAUUUCUUAACUAUCUUAGCCGCUAUGAUAGCCAAGAGCGCCGAUAA